GUGUGUGUGUGUGUUAGCUCUGCUACUCAUGAUGAAGAAUUAGAAACAGGGUGAGGAAGGCAUGAGUGCGUGGGGGCUGUUUGUCAUCCCCCAGGAGUAGUUGCUCUGGAGCGGGAAGGAAACUAUCUGACCUCUACGUGGAUCUCAUUUGACAGUCGCAGUGAGGGAACAGAAUCCCCCGUGAGGCUGAAGGCACUCUGACUAUUUUAGAGGAAGAAGCUUUAAUUUCUAACUCGAGGCUGCCCCUUUUUCUUAAUAUACGCAGCCUGGAUUUCAGGAAUAGCGUUGCUCAUGUGGUUUUUGCAGGAAGGUGAGGUUUGUCAGAAAUAGAGCUCUUUUUUCAGCCCUUGAUUGAGGGAGACUGUGAAUGUGACUGUUAUAUUUAUGGACAAAAUUCAGGUCAAUUCCCUUUUUCACUGUUCUUCUAGGAAUAUCACAGUCACUCGCUUGUCAUUUUUAGAUCUGCAGAGAAAGGCAUGCCUCCCAUUUCCUUAUUGCGUUACGUCUCGUGGACACAUCACAUCUCGGGACUGUUUUUGUUUACACACUCACAAUUUGUCCCCACAGCCCUAAUAGUGUUAACGCUAUUUUUAGUUUUAGAGACACACUGUCACAACCCUUGACCCAUUAUACUCGCACAGGCAAAGAUGCACAAACACAGUGUUGUUUGUGUGUUUGUGUCCUGUAGUGACUUCGGAGGCAAACAGCUCUCUGUAAAUAGAAAGUGGAAGAGGGAAUGAAAAAAAAGCUUUAACAUUGCCGCUCUCACCGGCUGCAUAGUUCAAUUCCUGCUCUGUGCUCAAUGCUGCAGCCCCAGAUUUCACAGGUUUACAAAGGCUGAGCUCCUCCAUUGUGGGAUACAAAUCCUCAUGUAGAAAACAGAAACGUAGGCUGACACUCCUCAUCGUUCCAUUCUGUACCAAAGGUUGGGUCAUCCUGUCUCUCUCUGAGAAACGUGACUUACAUGAAUAUGUGUUUAUUCUUGACAACUUCACUGGUAGGCUGCCUUCAUACAGUAUAUUAGUUACAGGUUAAUCCUCUGGUCACAAUACACGAGAGCUGCUUCAAGACAAUAUGCUGAAAUGUUCCAGACCGGUUGUGUGGGAUUAUUCAAAUGUUGGAGUCAGUUGCUUGGGACAUUUUCCAGAGCUUUUCCUGCGAGUUGAAUGUUUAGAGAAUGUUUGAUUGAGCCCAUGUGAGAAUAGAGCAGGAAAAUGUCCCCUGUGUUGAUGAUGUUUCUAAGAAAGCUGAAGACAAACAAAAGAAUGUUAAUACUACAAAUGUAUAAGUCAUGUCCUGCCUCCUGCAUGUUCUACCCAGACCCCCCCGCCCCCUCGCCUGAAUGUCCCAGACAUUUACCUGUUCAUGUGAACGUGUCCCUGUGUAUCGAGUCUACUAUGGACUCAUGACUGGCUUGAGCUCCAUGUCUAUGAAGUUCAUUCUAUUCUAUGAAGGCGUCUUUGCAGCUCAAAAUCCACUACAGAUAAAUAUCUAAUUGUUGGUAGCUUUUCGAAAUGGAUGAUCCCGAACUUUUCAACUUCCACAACUACUUGUUUUGGUUGAUUUUCUACUUGUCUUGUACCUUCAUUAUUUUGUAUAUUCUCACCAUAAUCGUAAAUGACACCUUUUUGCCCACAAUGAUUAUCAGGUUUAAAUAAAGACAUGCAUUCAAACAAAUGGGACAGUAGAUCCAUCUGCAGUAUAGGCUGUCUGCAGCCUCCCCUCCUCAUGUGCUCCCAGAGCCUUUCCCUGAGAGUGCGGCCUACUUUUCAGAACACCAGGAAUAUCCAGCAGGCUGCUAUUAGCGCGCCUAAUGUGAACCAAGCAAAGAGGGAAUAGAGAGAACGGAAACCUGCGGAUAAUUGCGGCGCUAAAGACCUCGCGCUCCUUCACUUAAGCACAUGAAGUAUCCUCUCCCGUACAGACACAGGCAGACAGUCAGGUGUGUGUGUACGCGUUGCACCAUGAGCUGCAAAUGUGGCUGUGCUGUGUAUGCUCGGCUCGCAGGGCACUGGCACGUACAUACUCAUUUGGUAAUCUUACGCGGAGCAUGUGUGAGUCUUUUAGUGGAUUCUGUAAAGAACGGGGUUUAUUCUUUGUGAUAAAUCAAAUCAAGUGUGAUGCAGAGCUAAUCGCAUUAGUGCAGGCGAGCUAUUAGCAGCUGGAGAGGAAAAGUGGCAACUUUGAAUAUAGAGGUAGUUAAAGUGAGACUGUGAGGAGAGCCAUUAGCACAUAAAGAGCAGAGGUGCAAAGAACAGUAACAGUAUCGCUAGUAGGUGGUGCAUCUCUGAAAAUAGACUCAAGCUCAAGACUGGUUCCAUGUGGUAUUAAGAUACUGUAAUAUACAUUUGCUGCUUUUCAUGUGAAAAACAGCUGGGUUUGUUGGUGUAAGUGUUUCCUCUCUGCACCUGGGCUCGGUUUCCUCCUGCUGUAAAUCUUGAGUUUCACCCAAAGUGGUUUUUACUCAACAUGCUUUAAGUCAUUCCCCUUCGUUUAGAGACGAUAAGUUGGAGUUCAGUGGCUAAAUCUCUGUGUCUGGAGGACACAGACGUGUCUGUAGUCUUCUGCAUGACACAGCUGAAAGAAAGUAGAAUGUGUCUUUGCCCAAAGUUGAGGGAGGAGUGUGCGUGUCCCUCCCUUAAGUUGGAGUUGAUUGAGCUUAAUUUAUGUCCGUCUACCUGAAACCUCCCUGCUGCAGUUCGACAUGCAACCUUCACACAGAGACUACAGAGGAAAGUGCUGCUGCAGUCAGAGUUGCCAGUGGUUUAAACAUUGAUGCUACUUGAACAUGUUUUCAAGAGUAAUGCCAAAGCUCCGUUUGAGUUUCUAAAAAUAAGCCGGAGAAAUAACACCUGGCGUGAUGUGAGCUCAAGCUGUUUCCAGUCCCGACUCAAACCCUGAGGAGUGAAAGAAUAACCUGUGCUGCUGUUUGUGUUUGCAGUAUCCACUGACGCCCACACGGUGGCAGGAUAGAAACACAUUUUCCCCCUUGAAGUGGCCGUUCUUAUGACAUCAUUCCCGCCGGGGCCUCGGCUUCAAUAAAACCAGAAUAAAUAUUAUAGUGUCCUUUGUCAGGCCAACAGAAAUAUUUCCCAGCCCUUAUAAAAUACAGGCUCUUUCCUUCUUCACAUGCGAGGGGCGAGGCGGACGCAGAGCCAACCGAUGCACAGCUCGAGACCCUGAUUGGCUUGAGUGCAGCCUAAAAAUAGAUGGAUCUAAUAAAUCCAACUCUGGUGUUAUGAGUUUAUUUAACAGCAAGAGAGUUUGGGUAAUAAUGUCCUUCAGGCUUCUGUGUGUGAUGCUAUUCCCAGGGAUGGUUCCAUGAAGCCGGGGACUAAACUCUUUUCCUGUUCAACACUGGCACUGAUGUCAUUUCAGUCAAUGGAGGAGUAAUAUCUCCACCAGUGCUUUAUAGUCCUUAGAUUUCAUCAUGUCAUUGUGUUGUCGUUUUUGGUCCUAUAUUUUCUUCAAUCAAAUCGAAUAUACUUUAUUGUCCCAUGGGGGAAUUUUUCUCGGGUUCAAAGUGCCACUGCAGAACAGUUCAUUAUACAACAAACAACGAAAACAAAAAGAGUACACAAGGACAUAUCACGUUAGACCCAAAAUAAUAAAGCUGAAUAAAUGUGACUAUAUGUGAGAACACCAAUGUCUGAGUCAGUUGCUCUGGACAUUCUCCAGAUCUCCUCCUGCCAAAACCCCUGUUAAAAUGUUCAGAAAAUGUCCGAGUCCAUUCGAGAACACAGCAGGAAAAUCCAUUAACAGCGAAGGUUCUUACAUGUAUAACUGAGAAAAACUCAAAACAAUACAGAUAUCUCCGGAUGGGAAAGAGCUGCCACACAGACAGAAGAUGCAGAUGAGGGUUGACAACUUGAAAAGACGAUGAGACUUUGGCGAUGAGGUGUGAUUUGCUGAUCAAGUGCUUUCCAGAGCAGACUUUAUACGUCAGGUCCUACUUCCUACCGUUUGCCGUGUGCAUCGACUCGCCUGAAUGUUUACUUUCCUGUUCUCAUGAACACGUCGGACCUGGACAACGUCCUGCUGCGUUUCCUCGAAACUCUGAAAAAAUGCCUGUACAGAAUCUUUCGGACGUUUUCCAGAGUCUGGAAACGGUUUGAGGAAUCCUUUCCAACAAGGCCUCUUGCGUUUCUCUGAGUGUGCAGCAGUCGAACCCAAACACACCCAAAUUAAUCCACCUACAAAGUCACACUCAUCCGGAUCUUAAAGGAGCUAUUCACCUUUUCCAAACACAAACGUGGAACCAUGUGCCCGGGCAUGUUUCUACGUUUUCCUUUUCGAAGCAGGCGUUCGGGGGGGAAAAACACACAAGCCACAGCUGACUGUGUUCUCUGUUCAGUGCGGCCGCCGCUCUGUGAGUGUGCGUGCCUGAGACCACAUCACAUUUACACCUCUCCCGCUCUUCCCUUCAUCCACAUAUGCACAUGCAGAAUGCAGCCUGGGAGUUUCCCAACACCUGUGAUUGGCAUCAUAGCACCGGUGAAGUGGACACAAGUCGGUGCAGGUAUCCGAACCAAAACCGAAACCCGUGUGGCUGUUCUUUCCUCCCCAUCGGAGUGUCCUCAUGCACAGUGUUUGUGCUAAUCUGUCAGUGUGCUAAUCAGUUGUCACACUCUCCCCCUCUUCAUGCUUUAAUGAUAAGUGUCUAUAAGUAGAAGCUCUGUUUUUCAUUUAAUUUGGGGGGGUACAUGCUCUCCUGGGGGCCGCGGGUUGCCGGUGGGACAGCUUGCAGCGAUUAGGGCCAGUGUGCGCACGUCGCAGCGCUGCAUUAUUAGCGGGCCAGUCAAUCCACAGUGGAAAUCAAAAGCAGGGACUCAGGAAAUGGGCGUUGAGUGAGGUCAUAUCCCAGUGAGGCAGCACGUGGUCCAGGUCGGGAAAAGCCAGGACAGGUACCGUGGGAUUAUGGGAACACGCAGUAUCCUAUCAGGCCGAGGAUUGGUUCACUGCCUUGUCUGAGAUUGAAGGUGGCGCACGUGCAGCAGGGGGUCUGUGUGUGUGUGUGUGUGUGUGUGAGACGGGUUGGAAAGGUGACACAGGUGAGGUGAGCGGUCAGGAGGAUUUUCGGAUGCUGGAGGGACGCGGCAGAGGAGCGAGGAGAGGUCACUGCGCCCUGUUGCCUCUGCCCCUGGGUCAGCUCCCUCUCAGCAACCCCUCCAGGCACAUAGAGAGCGGCGUGAUGAAACAGAGGAGUGUGCGUUGAGUCUCUCUCCUCCUUCCCUGCCACAUUCGCUCAGUCCCUGCCGAGGAACCUGCCAGGGACGCAUCUACGGGGAAAGGACUGUUAGAGAUCGGUGAUUGACAGAUUGAGAGCCGCUGGCACAAAGCGAAGGAGAAGGAAGCUCAAUAUCAGCGAAUUCGGGGAAAAGCUCCUGAUCCGCCACAGCGACACACCUGAAGACUAAAAUGGCCAAAGACAUGAAGAAUCGACUGGCUUUCCUGCGGAGGAGGAAUGAAUCUCCAGGAAGCAACCCAGCCAGCAAGCUAGACAAGUCUAUGAGGUCAGUCAAGCCCACCCCAGAGGAGGCACUGAAAUGGGGGGACUCGCUCGACAAGCUGCUGGCGCACAAAUAUGGCCUGGCGGCGUUCCGAGCUUUCCUGCGCACCGAGUUCAGCGAGGAGAAUCUGGAAUUCUGGCUGGCGUGCGAGGAGUACAAGAAGAUCAAGUCGCAGUCCAAGAUGGCCUCGAAGGCCAAGAAGAUCUUUGCAGAAUACAUCGCCAUCCAGUCGUGUAAAGAGGUAAAUCUGGAUUCGUACACCCGGGAUCACACCAAGGACAACCUGCAGAAUGUGACGCGCUCCAGCUUUGACCUCGCGCAGAGGCGGAUAUACGGGCUGAUGGAGAAGGACUCAUACCCUCGCUUCAUCCGCUCAGAACUCUACUUGGACUUAAUCAACCAAAAAAAGUCCAGCUCCACUUCGACUUCGUCUUCGUCAUAAGAGACCGGGAAAAAGACGAGAAAGCGAUGAUGAUGACGAGAGAAAAAAAAUGGGGCAGACUUGAAGAAAAAAAGCAACACACGGCGGGGCGGGUGGGAUGUGAGGUUCUUUGUUUGCCUUUUUAUUUUUUUUUCAAUUUCUCUGUGUGUGUGUGUCAUCCUCUCCACUAUUUUAUUUGAAUUUUUUUGUGGUGUGACAUGACGCGGCAAAGCUCUAUGGCACUGCAAAGGAAUGUAGUUUACACAGUUACCAGAUGGAUGGAUGAAUGAAUGGAUGGACUGAUGAAUGGAUGUUAACCGGAGGAAAAAAACAAUAUAGAAGCCCACACGCGAGGGCUGGAGCGAGAGCUGGAUGCUCGUCUGAUCACUGUUUGCUUUUUGUCAGUGUCUUGUGAGGGAACAACGACAUUUGUGUGUGUUCUUGUGGAGUUGUACUGGAGAAAAGGAGGGGUCACUCCAAAAAAAAAAAGAGAAAACCCUGCAGACAUAAAGACAGUCGGGUACUGUUCUGUCACUUCCUUUCCUUUCAUUUUCUUUUUGAAACCCCCCCUCCUUUCCUCCUCCAUGUCCCAUGUGAAGCCACUUCUAAAGCUGUUGGUACGACGCGACAUCCUUUUUUCUCCACGUUCUCAUUUCCAUCGGGGGCAAAACGACGAGACGAUGUCUGAAUGAAAACUAGUCAUCUCUGCUAAACCCCCACGACCUCUCAACGCUUCUGUAAACCGCUUUCACUUCAUCCAGAAAGACUGUGAGCGCUCAGCGGAGACGGGGGCGGGGGGGGGCAAGGACUCGACGUGUAUAAAUAACGGACGGUGUGAAGAAACACAGACGUGUGUCACUCUCACAUUCAAAGACAUUUAAAAAAAAAAAAUCACACUCUUAAGCCAGAGAUGGAAAGUGAAAGAGAAAACCACGACGACUUGCUUCCUGUCUCCAAAGACUGUUUACAACAAGGAUCGACGACUCAAGCAGAAAAAAGGAUCGACCGUUCGGUGCAGCCAAGCAACAUUUCCUUUACCAUUGUAGCUCAUGGUGGACAAACCGAGGAAGCGUUCUCAGGACAUUGCCACGACAGGUUUCCGGCUCUUGUUUUUUUCUUUUCUACACACACACUCGCUGUUGUCUGUUUGUUCAUAUUUUUUUUUUUAAAUGUUUUAAGAUUUCCGACCUGCACUCCCUAGUUCUGCUGAGCAACGCACACGUGAGGCUGCUCGUGUCACAGUGCGAGGAAAAAAAAAGAAAUCACUGCUCCACGUUGUACAGAGGUUUCGCCUAUUUAUUUAGAUUAACAGGCUGGAUGCUUCAACACACACACACCCUCACCUCCUCAAAGCACUCGGCUCAAAGCUCUCACUCCUCUUAACCACCAAACAGGUCCAAUGCUGUCCUGAACUUUAAAGUGCAAUAUUUCGUUUUGUUAUUAUUUUUGGUUUGUUCGUUGAUCUCGAUGAUAUUUUGACUUUUUAACGGCGGAAGACGAACGGCUUGAGCUCUGUAUUAACUUUAUUUGUUAAGAGAAGAAAAACAAAAAAAAACUUUAGCGCUAUAAGGUUGACUUACAACGUAAACUUUCAAGAACCAUUAAGUAGUUUAAGGAAUUUUAAGCAAGUGAUUCUAAUUGUGUGUCGACCCCCCCCCCCCCCCCCGGCAGCAGGCAGCCGGGGGACGUUAUUGUUGUAAAUAUAAUUCUUUAAGAAAACUAUGUGAUAACACAUUUAAAAACAAACAAAAAACACGAAGCGGAUCGGUCUCGGCUGGUGAUGAACGUGGGACUCAUCUGUAUCUAUGUAAAUAUGAGAGACUCAGAACUAUAAGAUGACGUGUAUUGUUUAAAAAAAGUGAUAAAAGAUACAGCGAUAGGUGAGCGAGAGCAGGUCCAGUCUGCUCCUGUCCCUGGUCAUACACUGCUUGUUAGGAGUUUUCUGAAAUGCAUUUUUAUCAUUUUCACUGUUUACAAUUCAAAAUGCAUCUCCCAUGAUAACAAGUGAAAAACAGUAGAGUACAUUUGGUGUCAUCGCUAAUGAUAAAUAAACCAACCAACUGAUGAAGUAAAGACA